CUCAUCACGCAACAUCAGUUCACGAUUUUGAUCGGCAUGUACACCUGCCUGGACAUGAUCAUGUCCGUCAUGGGCGUCGUCACCAACACCGUCAACAUCAAGACGUUCGUCGCCAUGGGCGCGGACGACGGCGUCACCGUGGCGUUCCUGUUUCUGUCGUCCGCCGAACUGGUGUGCUGCCUGGCCGCGCUGGGCCAAAAAAUCGCCAUGGCGUUCUGGGUGACGGAGAUGGCGACGGAUUACAGAACGUGGUUCGACGUCAGUCCGUACGCGCUGAAUGUGUUCUUCGGUAACAUCAGAGGAGGGCUCUUCUCGAUACCGGUCUUCAUCACCACGUACCUGGCCGUGGCCAAGUGCAUGUGCGUCGUGCAGCCUUUGGCCUUCAGGAACAUGUUCUCGGUGUCAAGGACGGUGAGGGUGAUGACGGGGAUAUGCAUUUUCGGCGUUGUUUCUCACAUCCCGGUCAUGGCCACCAUCGGCAUCGCUGAGACGCUCGAUAAAAAGGUGAAUGCUACGCGUCGCGUCAUGUGGUACUCUCCUUACCGAGACAUCGUGAAGACCGUGAUCUGGAACGCCAAGGACACGUUCCCGUCGUUGGCGACACAGGUAAUUAUCAUCAUCUGUGUCGUCGUCAUGGCUAAGGAGCUGACCGAAGCUGUCAACAAUCGGGAAAAGUUAAAGUCGGGAAGUUUCUACGAAGAUCCGGACGACGGACUUAAAAAGUCAAAAACUGGUAAGAGGCAGUUCAGUAGACUCACGGGGAAGGAACUGCAGGUCAUCAAGCAGGUCACGCUUAUCUCAGUGGUCUACAUUGUGGCCAACACGCCCAAGAUUGUCAUCUUCCUGGCGUUCGCCUUCACGCCGGAAAUGACGCAGGGCGGGACCUACCAGAACAUGUAUGACGUUACGAUACGCGGCAAAGACAACUCUGAACUGUACAUGUCGGUAGCCAAUAUUUUCAUCUACUACAAGUACAACUCAAAGUUCAAGCAAUACUGCACACUAAAAUGGUAG